UGAGGACGCCACUGGUGGAAUCUGCUUUUUCUCUUUCCCAUUGCUGUUUUUGUCUGUCUGUCUUACUUACCCCCUUCUCUAAAUGGCCUAUAUCUUGUCGAUGCGCUUCUCUUAUCUCAAACUGAACAAGGCGUUUUACAGAAUACGCAUGAUUGUUUGUUUUUUCUGUUGAAAGGGAGACGGUCCUUACGUUAAGUGUUGUGCUUACGAAAUCGAACAAGUUCUACUUAGGUCUUCUUCCGUUUUCGAGAACUUGUUAGGGAAGUGUUUUCUCAGAAGUUUAUUUUUCUUUUAAUUCGCAAUUUUGUGUCACCUUGUGUCUGUGGUGUAGCAAUAAGUCGCUUCGCUGUUGCACGAAACAGACGCGAGUUUGAUACCGGUGUUUAGAGAAUUUUUUAUCGGGUAUCUCGGUCUGUCUGUUGGGACGUUGCACCCUUUUCAGCUCUUGUUGGCCCUGACGGGCGGGUUCGAAGCAGCUCGCCUCCUGCCGAAGUGAUCUAAAUUGUUACUUAUGGAGACAAAACAAAUGUAUUUUUAUACGGUUGUCGCCGUACAGGGAUAAUUCCAAUAUUUGAACUCAGCCUAGUCAAUGAAUGAAUUAAACCAGCUGUUGAUCCAGGCGUUGUAUUUUACAUAGACUUCACAGUGCACGGUGUUGCCGUUUCGGUUCACCAAACAGUUCAGUCCCGACCAGGGGAAACUGCAAAUUAGAAUAUGAGUAAAAGUGGUAUUAUGUGUCAUUGUGGACACGGAUACUUUUCUUUUCGCGCUGUUGCUGUGUUCAGUAGUUGAAUUUUCUCGACUGGACUGUAAUGUCGUCAGUUGGAAGUAUACACUUCUCCUUCUGUCGGGAGUAUUUCCCCCCCCCCUUUUUUUUAGUACAAGGGCUGCCACUGUAGGCGAAUGUUUACCAGUUGCAAGUAAUUUAUGGGUUUUGUUUGUGGGGUCGUUAAUUUUUUUUAACGUAGCCCAAAUAGUGGGUUUUUUUUUCGAAUUUCGUCUGGAUUAUGUGUGUCGUGUAUUCACAUGUCUGCCAUUUUCAUUGAUAGCCUAGCUUGUGAGCUCCAUGAGUCUGACAAGAAGACCUGGUCUGAUUUUCUGUUAAGACUAGUGAAGUUCAGUUGUGUGGUAUUUACAGGAAAUUCUUUUGCCGUCUUUGAUAAACAAGCCCGUUAUAAUUUGGUUUCGUGCGAAGAAGGAAGACACACAUGGCCAUGUCGAAGAGACAGGAAGGUUUUGACGUGACCAUCACGUCGUCCGAGUUGCUGGCCGGUUAUUCUCACCUCCACGGCAAACCGUCGCGUCACCGCGUGGUUCACGUGCCGUGUGCCAACUGCCGCCGACUUCGGACUUGGCAUCGGGACGACAAGGCUGCAGCGCUCAGGCUAGAGGCUCUGGCCUUGACAGCUCUGGAAGGACGGAUCAUGUGUUUUAAUUGCGUUAACAAUAAUCACAGUCGGUCGCACCAUCGACAUCGGCAAAAUAUUCAUCAUCACGUCGACGUCUCCGACUUCGUUAGUGAUGGUGUCAUGGACGCGAAGGGAAGACGGAAGAUCGGGUUUUCGCCCGAAUUGGACUCGUCGUCCCGUGACGAUCAGUUCGAAACUCGAUUUCGCCAGGCGGCUGAAGGUCGUUCUGCGUCGGAGGAAGGGGGCGUGGUCCCACCAAAAGUCCCCCCGCCCAUUCCCUGCGAUGUGGGCGGCGCUGCGUGCGGUGGGUGUGCCGCGGCGGGCGAAGGGUGCACUGUUGAUUGGUGGCACAGGCAGGCGUAUGCCGGCGCCAACACUACCGCCAGUCCGAAGGGCGCAGGGUCGCUCGAAGAUGCGUUGUUGUCGUCAUCGUCGUCUGAGCGGCAAGGUCAAGGCAAACAUGGAGAUGUGGGAAAAGGUCAAGGAUUUGUGUGUCAGUCUCAUAACAGUGUCAAUGAAGAGCAGGGAAUUCCCUCGGUAGUGAAAGAGGAGGAGGCGCCGCGGGAGCUGGACGAGGCAGAAAUUCGUAGGAGGAGAAAGAAAGGUGACUUGCCGGACAAGGUUUUCGUGACACGGCGCUCUGUGCUCACGGAGCUGUUUGAGAUCAGCCACAUCCAGACCAUCUACCACAUCUUUGUGGCAAUUCUCAUCGUGUUCAGCCUCAACACCAUCGUGUACGAUGUCCUCGAGAAGGGAACGUUCAGUCUCAACUUUGGCAUGAUCCAGUGGGCUUUUGGGAAGUUCCCAAAGGUCAUGGUGAUGUGGGUGGUCAUGCAGCUGAGUACUCUUCUCAUUGUGUACCCGGCGUUUUACUACUGGGCCACACAGCGUAGACCUGGAAAUGCGGGUUUAUUUGACUUUGUGUGGAUUGGUCUGGUGGUUGUCUAUCAGCUAGCCUUCCUAUUCAUCCCUCUCUGGUACCUAAUUGAGCACGAUCUGCCCCCGGCUUCCUCUGUGAUCAUUACUACAGAACAGACACGAUUGAUAAUGAAAACCCACGCAUUUAUCCGUGAGAACACAGCCAAGGUCAUGUAUAAGAAAAAAGAUGAUGACCGUGACAAAGACGAUGGCAGCAGUAACGGGUGUCCGGACUUCUCCAAGUAUCUCUACUUUUUGUUCUCCCCAACAUUAGUGUACAGAGACAACUACCCAAGGACUCAGACGAUAUGCUGGAGAUAUGUAGUCACCAAUUUCACCCAAGUCCUGGCCUGUCUCUUCUACACCUACUACAUCUUUGAGAGGUUCUGUGUACCGGUCUUCCAGAACUUCAACAGCGAGCACAUCACUCCUAAAGCAUUCCUUCUAUCUGUCUUUGGAUGCAUGAUGCCGGCUACACUCGUCUUAUUUAUUGGAUUUUUUGCCAUUCUUCAUUCCUGGCUGAAUGCUUUUGCUGAAAUGUUACGCUUUGGUGAUCGUUUGUUUUACAAGGACUGGUGGAACUCUACAACAUUCUCCAACUACUACAGAACCUGGAACGUGGUGGUGCAUGACUGGCUGUACACCUACAUCUACAAGGAUAUCUGCAAGUUGAUUGGAGCUGGGAACCGUGCCGGCGCUAUGGCAUGCGUGUUCCUCAUCUCUGCAGUUUUCCAUGAGUACAUUUUGACCGUCACCUUCAAGUUCUUCUACCCGGUUCUCUUCAUCAUGUUUGCUGGAGCCGGAUUUGGCUUCAUUUUCCUGACGGACAAGGGUUCAAAUCGCAGCUGGAACGUCUUCAUGUGGGUGGCUUUGUUCAUCGGCAAUGGCAUGCUCAUGUGUCUUUACAGCAUGGAGUUCUAUGCCAGACAGAACUGCCCCGUCAGUACGGAGAAUUUCCUGGACUACAUUAUCCCCAGAUCUUGGUUUUGCGAUUUGCCUGCGAGCCCAGCUAGUUGAACGGAAAUGAGACAGACCCCACCCCCACCCUGCACUCUUCCUCAGCCUUUUUGAACUCUGAAUGUUAAACCAUUAGCUGUGGGCAUUUCGUCACUGAGCCAGUUUCCCUCUGGAGCAGACUAGACCACUCGGAGCUUACAGGUUUCUCAGGCUCCCUAAGGUGAACAAACAGACUCUGCUCUUGAUCUGUCUUCGUCUAGUCAGUAGAGCUAUUGCGGCUUCGAUCCUCGUCACUUUUUGUAGGGGAUAGUUUGUGCUUGGCUGUCACUGACAAGUUUUUCUGCCAGGAACAAGGCCAUCAAGAUGAUUCAAUGCAAUUGAUUUUUGACAAUGAAUAAUAUUUUGGAUUUGUUUGACAAUGAUGAUUAUAUAUUUUUUGGACAACAUUGUGUGUGUUUGUAUGAGAGAGAGGAGAGUGUCAGUGUAUGUGUGCAGGUGUGUUACUGUUUAUGUGAUAUGAAUAAAGUAAUGAAAGCCUACUGUCAGGAGAAUGACAAACAUUAUUUUCUUGUAAGAUGGCAGCUGAAAGAAACAGGAAUUCUGACAAUAUUCAUAACAAUGAAGGUACAUGCACACUGUUAUAUAUACUAAGUAGAUCUAUUUCUAUGUGGUCAUUAUUGAUUCCACUGUUCUGUCUCCAAACCACAUCUGCUCAUCUAUUGAUGUUGUAGAGCAUUUCUGGAAAUUUGGGAUUUUCCAAACCAUUGUUAGUAUUUUGACUUUCGACACAUGAACAAAGGCUGGAGGACAUGGAGGAGUAAAAAUGGAAGUUCCUGAUAAAAAUGUGUUUUUUUGUUGCCUUCAGAAUGAGAACUUUACCAUGUGGUUUACAAAUUUGUUGAAAUAUGUCACACGUCACACUAUAAAGGACCUGUUGCAACUUUUUCCGUGGUUUCUAUGAUUACGGUCACUUUCGCACUCAGUAAACGGUAUUCAAGCUAUUCAUUAUUAUUAUAUUUUGAUCAGAUUGAAUCAUUAUCACAGUGAAAGCAACCUAUGUCUGAUAUGUCACAUAAAUGAAGCAACUGUGGGGAGAGGCUUGCUACUGAUCAUGGAGCCUAACAUUGCACUGCAAAACGCUACUGGCGAAUGCUUUUUCUUUAUAAUAUCAAAGGUCGUUCAUAACAACAUAGUUCACUCCUCUCUUUGAGCCAAUUAAAAAAGUGUCCUCAAAAUUCGGUGGCGCCCUCUUUGAAAAA